CUGAGAAGAUUCUUAAAGAAAAAACACUUAAAGUAUCCCGCACGGAAUAUAAAAUCCUUGACUUACACUAUCUUCUCAGGGAAGCAUUAGAGAGGAAAUUGGCUGAAUUAAAAUCCAUUCAUCCUACUCAAAUCACAAAAAUCUUGCUUAAUAAAAAACACCCAGCUAAAAAUAUUUACAAUAUAUUCAAAACAGAAGGUUUGGGAAGAGACGAGAUCAAGCGAAUUAGGAGAAUUUCACCAUCGUCUUUUGGAAAAUUUACUGAUAAAGAAAUAGAGAUCAUUCAAGAAAGGGUUAGAGCAAAUUCUUCUCGACCAAAUUGGCUUGAAGAUCAAUUCGAUGAUUUAGAUCUAAAUGGGAAGGGGGUACCUAUGCAGACUGAUUGA